AUGUCUCGUACGAAGAAUUCUAUACUAUUUUAUUUGGUGGUGAGCCCAUUGGGUUACUUUUUAUUAACCCAUCUUCACCACGUUCUUUUACCUUUUAACCUUUUACACAAGGCCGAAUGUCGUAACCCUCACCUUUUGCUAGAGACAUAUUCUGCUCCUGGUAACUCUGUCUUGGAUCGCGUUGUUUGCGUUCUUGUCCGUUUUUGCUCACAAGCAAUCAAUGAUCCUUUGUGUUUCCCUUUAACAGCUACGUUGCUUGGUUUAGCUACCACCUCUUAUGCCGUCAUGUCAGUUGAACGUGUCCGAUUUAAUAACAAUCGAUUAUUGGCACCCGUUAUGGUAUUUUUUGGAAACGUAAUUGGCACAGGCGUCAUCGCACCUUUGGCUUGGUUACCCAUUUACGGCUGGACCCUACGUAACCAUUUUUCCAAACCCAAUAAGAAGACUUCCUCAACGAAUCAUACCAGUAUUCGAGCCAAAGUGACUGAAGAAUCUGCUUUGCCUGUGAUUGAACCUAACCAAGCAUUUGGCAUUGGUUUAGCGGCACUUUUCGGACAAUUUUUACCGGUGGCACUACUGGUAUCACACGGCCCGUCUCUUUUCCAACGUAAUAUUUUAGCUGCCUUUCAAUAUUUUCCCAUCACGUAUGCGUUGUUUGAAUGGAUUGUACCUUGCUUGAGUCGAUCGUCGUUGCAGAGCAAGACGAGAAAGGAAGCGAAAGAAGGUGUGCGUUUCUUAUAUGUGGGUAUUGCUGGUAUCAAUGCGUUUUUAUCAUAUUGGGUGUGGAUUAAAUGGUUACAGACGGUCUCUUCAGCCGAUGGUGUCAUGAAGCAAUGGGUGGAUUUGUUCUUUUCGUUUGGAAGUACAGGAGAGAACCCGGUUGCUUACAUGUUGAUUUGGGAUAUUUUAGCUAUUUUUAGUACGUUUGCGUAUUGGGCUUGGUUGGAAGAUGGAAAAACCGGUUUGAAAACUAUUUGUAGGAACACUUUACUUUUUGGUCCAGGUGCAGGUUUAGCUUUAUAUGCCAUGAAGAGGGAAUCCCGCAUUUAA